AUGUUUAAGAGAAGCAAGAAAAUUGAAGCAAAUAUGCAACACACAGCACAUAAAGUAGACGACAAAUGUUUACUAGAUCAAAAAAGUUUAUAUUUGGACUAUAAAGUUGUAAUAGAACAUUUUAACAAUCACGGUGUUCUAACCGAAAUACAAGUAGCUAAAAUUAUAAGAGAUGCACAUAAAAUAUUACUAUAUGAACCAAAUGUUAUUUCUAUAAAUAACGGUUCAUAUAUAGCUGGAGAAUUGAAAGGUAAUUAUACCGAGUUUAUAACUUUUAUUGAGAAAUUUAAUUUGAAUAAGCUGUCUAAUUCAACUACAGAUCUUAAUAAAGCAACCAACUACUUGUUGGCCAAUACUAUCAUAUUUACAGGUAAUUACAUUAACGAGGGUUAUUUCUCAACUGAAAUAUUAUUAACUUUACUUCUUUUGAAAUGUCAUUUUCCAAAGAAUAUUAUACUAUUGAGAGGUGCAGAAGAAUCUUAUUGUAAGUAUCUUAGAGGUAAUUUUAAAACCGAAUGUCUAAAAAAAUAUAACAUGUCAUUGUUCAACUUAUUUAUUGAAUUAUUUUACUCAUUACCUAUCUGUGCAAUAAUUCAAAAUGAAGCAUUUGUAUCACACGCAGGAGUUCCUAAUGUAGAAUAUUCAUUAAAACAAAUUAAAUCAUAUAAUAGAUUUAAACAAAGACCACUAAAAGAAAUGUCACAUGCUUUUGUUAGAAUGGGAUUUGAAGAAACUAAACCUUUUUUAAAGAAACUCAAUCUAGUAUGUUCAAUUAAAUGUUAUAAUAGUAGGAGUGGCAAAAUAAAACAAAUUAAUGAGAAUAUUAAAGAGUAUGAUACAGUUGAAUUAAGUUCAUUACAAACUAAUUUUAUUUACUAUGAUCAUUUAAAGAUAACCAAAAUAAAGAUAGAUCAAAAAGAAGAUCCUUAUGUUUUACCGGAAUAUCGUUCAAUAUUUUAUUAUUCACUUCCUUUUAUAAAAUCAAAUGUAAAACAGUUUUUAGAAGAAACCAAUCAUUUAAAAGAUUUACAAAUACUUAAUAGAAGUAAAAGUUCAUUUAACCUUAACAUUGAUUCCAAAUUACCAAAUAAAAACAAUAAAGAUAAUAUACUUCAUAUGCCAAUAACAACAAAAUCAAGAGAAAAAAGAAGUAUUUCAAAAUUAGGAUUGAUAGAAGCUAAAUCAGAAUUUUUACAAUCAUUGAAUGAAAUGUCAUUAGGUGAUUAUUGUCCAAUAGUUGAUAGUGAAGGUAUAAAAAUAGUAGAUGAAAACUAUUUAUUAUUUACAGAGAAAGUAAAAGAAAGAUUAAAGAAGAAAGGAAUUAAAGAAGCAACAAGUAAAAGAAAAAGAUUUUUUAUUUUUUGA